UGUAUGGCAGUUGUAACAUAGGCUUCACUACUAAAGACAUUGUUAAAAUGAAGUCAUUAAUAUCAUUGGUUGCUAUUAUUUUCAUUGUAAAUAAAACAUGUGGCGCUCCCAUUCAAAACUGUGCCAACGGAAGUCCGUACCUACUAAAUAAUUUAGGAUUAAAUAAUUUAGUACCGGUAGGAUUUCCGAACAGCCUAAAUCCUUCAUUUGUAAAUUCACCCGGUUUCACUGCAAACUACGUGCCAAAUAAUUGUGCCAACGCUAUUCUGGAGCCAAUAAUAAGCACAAAUACAAUUGCUAACGCAGUAGUACCAAAUGAAGUGAUUAGUAACGUUGUAUCCAAUACAAUUGCCAGUGCAAACUGCGUGUCAAAGAACUUAGCCAAUAUUGAAGUGACUAAUGUACAAUUUACGCCUAUAUCGGAAUUAAUGCCUUCUCUGCAAUUUGGUGAUAUAACAGUAGCUGGGGAUUUGCCAAUUGGUGGCACAAUCAAGGUUUGCGGAUGCAUACCCGUGUAUGGUAUGAUCAAUGUUGAUGGCACCGUGCCAUCGGCUGGCACGGCCGUAGUGGCAGAUUCGUUUUGCAAUCAACUAUCGGAUGUGACAUCAAAAUGUGCCAAUCAGUUUUUCAGGUGAUUGCAAUCGAUUUUAAUUUGUAAGUAAUAUAGUGAAAUUUUGUAAUAGAUGUAAAUAAAUCCAAUAAAUACUAUGGAAAUCAAUUUAAUAUUA